AUGGGAAGUGUGGGGUCAGCAUUGAAAGAAUUUUGCGAAGACGAGGCGCAGGCGAAGGCGCUUCCAGACGAGUUGGUCAAAAAUUUCAAUGGCGCACUGACAGACCCAGGUUUUCUUCUCCAAGAUGGUGGGCAAAAAUCAAAAGAGUUGCGAGACCAGUUAAAGAAUAGGCAUAACAUGGAAAUUAUCCACAACCUCUACACGCAGGCACAAGAACAAAAUCCAGUACAACCUGAUAGCACGCUUGUCCUUUGCGCCAGCCCCGAGCCAGAAAUAAAAACAGAAGCUGAUGCUCCAGAUGAACAAAAAAACACGUGCGCGGACGUUGUUGUAGUUGCAAAAAAUCUUUCGGCUUUUGAUGACACGCUGAGCAUCCUCAGCAGUCUGCCGGUAGAAGGAAACGUAUGGACGACCACAGGACCUCACCCUCCACGGGCACCGAGCAAAAUCAUUUUCAUUAUCGACGACCUCGGUGAAAAUAAUGGGACAUUAUCAGACGCUGUCAGCGGAGAGCAGAGUUUACCCACCAUCCAGCUUCUGAAGUUACUACGAGCGAAGUUUCCGGAGGAUGUGUUUUUGCUCCGCGGGAAGAGCGACGGGAGCGGACUCCAGUCGAUGGGAGAUAGUUAUCAUCCGGACAUUGCCGAUGGAUAUGAUGACGAGAUCAUAUCCGAUUACUUUCUCGCUAAGUUACUCCCCACACUUCCUCCAAGUGCCGUAGUGAUGGGCGAGGCUUUGGUGAGUGCCAACGCGGCGGGGUCAACCCAGAUUGACGGGACGCCUGCUCAUCCCCGUGUUCACAUCACGCCUUUGGAUUACGCAACGGUCGAGGACAUCCAACGUGGUUUCAGAGGGCAUGUGGCAGAACGCGUUCCCAUCAGUUUCAAAACAGAAACACAAACACUAACAGCGCGAGGGCGAGCGAAAAUUGUACAACUUCCUACGCAUCAUAUUUUUUCUGCGCCAUUCUAUACACCACCGAACCAUGGCGCAGAAGAUAUGUGGUCCGGCUGGGGCUCCUUUGCAGUUAUUUCUUGGAAAAAAGAAAAUGACCAGAUACAGACGCCGAAGCCCAAUGACUGUAACUGGUCUUUUGAUAAGAACGCACUGAACAAUCGCUGCGUGGUAAUUGCGGAAAAGGAGAAAGGGCUGAUCAAAACGGAAAUGAGCGUGGCGUUUGCUCCUCUUCGUGGUAAGCUGGGUGAUCCUGAAAGACUCUCGAGCGUCCGUAUUUAUGUGUAUGGCCAGGGCGAGGCUUCUCCAAAUCGUCAGCAAGGAGCAGUUGCGGAAGCAUUUCGUUUCUCCGAACAGGCGAGAAAAAUGCAAGGACAAAAAUCGCUUCCAAUAUCAACUACACUGGAAGGCUGGUGCAACCGAUGUGGCAGCGGCAAAAAAUGUGACCUCCCCUCUGAAGUUGAGAAUCAACUGCGAAGCGGCAAACCUCAGGAUCCGCGGCCCAUAUCCUGGCAAGCUGGAGAAAAUGUUGCGCAUCCAAAAUAUGCGACGUCGUUUUUGUCAGAAGCCUCCCAAAGUGAGCUGGACAAACGCGACUCGGGCGCAAAUGGAAGCACGACAGACGCGUUCCCGGAGUCAUCUGAUAGCAAUGGUGCUGCGAACACACCCAGCAGCGCACAUUCGUUCUCCUCGGAAACAGCAGGCACCACGCUCGCGAAGAAAACGUCUGCGGCAGAGGAAUUUCAGCAGUCCCAGGCUUCACAAUCGCAGGUUCUCACUAGUACUAGUACAAGCGAAACAUCACAGCAGACGACAGCUGCCCAGCCAUGCACGGUGUUGCCCUGCACUCAGCCACAUGCGGCCCCGAUCGUCAAAGGACCCGGGGACACACGUCUUCUGGCAGAAACGGAAGGCUUGCCGGGUACAGCAAUGGUUUCCCGUGAUGUAGACGAAGCGUCAUGGAUUUUCAGCAUGCUGUUGGCACUUGUUCUGGCGGCGGUCUUACUCGCGCUGUCUUGUUGUUUUUCUCGCUGGCGGGGGAAGAACAAGAAGAAGCUCGCGGAAGAAGAUCCUAUCCCGGCCCCGGUUUCUGAAACAAAAUCAAAAUCUAAAAACCCGACCGUGAGCAACUUGCUGACGACUAUCUUGUGUAAAAAUCGCACCCACCCCACACUUGUCGUGCAUAUGUGCUUGCAUGGCCAAAUGAAAGCCACGACCUCUCCCACGGCUCCGCAGCGGAGACAUUUUUUGUUAGUUUUUGAAAUGUGAUUGCCAUGUGCUAUUAACUACGAGAUAACUUCUAGCUAUCUCGGCAGUACUGCGCUGCCUAGCCAAAUUCUUCAUGUGUGAAUCAAUCGGACUUGUUCAUCGUAGAGUUCCUCCCAUCUUGAGUCUGAGUGUGGGGUGGGUAAUGUGGUUUUGCACAGGUGGAUAGCGACCGACACUGAUGCAGGGUCGACCAACGAAAACGAAGGGUCCAGCACUGACAAAGAAAUCGUCCCCAGUGCAUCCUCUCCUGUGGCCGCGGAUGACGAAGUAGCCAGCCCGGGUUCGUCCGCGGCCAAGAAUGCCGCCCACCCUUCUGCAGCCAAGGCCGCGCCGGCAGCUGCCAAGAAAAAGGAGCAUCUGUUUAGCCGGGCAAACCGGAACUUGAAAAAAGCCCUGGAACUUCGGGCGCUCGUGUACGAGAGCGAGAAGCACUCCGCCUCUUCCGCAUCCGAAAACGAAGACACCCAGGGCACGCGCCCGCUUUUGCACUCCUAGUCGUUUAUCAGCAGGCGCAGGAAUGGACGCUUUACACAGGUACGCUGUUCUAUACGAAAACUAUGACUUUUUCUUUGCGAGAGAUGCUAAGGCACGUCGCGUUUUUUGCAGUCGCACUCUGCAUGGGCUGUUGGCUCGACACGACCUCGAUUUAUUUGGUUUAUGAAGACGGGGGCUGUACCGUUUCGAUUCAAGGCGUAGUCGUAGCGGUGGCGGAGUUGUGGGCCCUAUACAGAAAAAAUAGCCGCGUGGCUGCGCAUCUGCAUUCUGAGUGAAUGGCUUGGGCGCCCUAUCCAUGUCCGUACUUGACAUGAAGAAAGUUCUUUCUAAACUGGGAAAAUUACAGGUGGACAAAGCAGCAGAGUCGGGAUUCCGAGAAGAAGUGCGCGAAACUUUGAUGUCAAAACAGCGACCCCCAUCGCCGCCGAUCGAGACUGGAAGUUUGCUCUUCCCGGACGCAGCUACCGCUUGUCAAGUCUCCCCCCAGGAGUUCUUCGUAAGUGAACACAUACUCGUCACAUUAUUUUUCGCAGCAAAUAAAGGUAAUUCUAAUUGUGUAUCUGAAGUUGUGCCCAAUUGCAAAACCGAACAAGAGACAAAAGUACAAAAAAGUGGAAGAAAGAAAAUGCAUAUUUUCAUCACCUCUCGAAUAAUUAAGCCACCGCUUCCUCGCUCUCAGCAUUCGUGGUUAUAAUCUUUUUUUUUCAAAUGCAUGUAAUCUUCUCAAGAAUAUGAAUAGAGUAAAUCACUUAUGUCAAUGUCGAAUGAAAGUUAUAAUGUCUUUUUCCGAGCACGCCAAACUCAAUCAAUUUUAAAGAAGUCUCGUAUUCCUAUCAAAUUUGAUUUGUUUUUAUAUUUUUUGAAUCUGAGCUAAAGAGCGUCGGACACUACCGCGAAGAGAGCGGUGCCCCCGGCGCCGCGUGCUUUUGCUUUCUUCAGCGGGGUAUGGGUUGCAAAAAUGUCUGGGUCUAGAAACUUGUGAUGCUGAGUGGCGAAUCAUGAGGAUGCCACAAGUGACGGCUCAACAUGACAAGAAGUUUCUGACUUGCUACGUGUUGUCUAUUCAGCAUGACAAACUGCGUUUUUGCAUGACAGAAAGCCGCAGCUUUUCUUGGAUAACGUGCUGCAUGACAGACUUGAGAGUCAUGCUAGCUGAGCAUGACAAACUCCCGUGCUUCCAGACCCAGACACUUUUGCGUUUGAUACGAGGAGGCGGAACCCCCGUGCCGCCCCGUCCUUUCGUGCGGGUGGUUAAGGGUUGAUUGAGGCAAUGGCGCGCUAUUUUUUUUGAAGAACGAUCACGAAUAGCAAAUAUGAUGCGGACGACACUUUCAUGGGGACAUCAAGAUCAAGACACGGCACCACAAUUCUCCUUUCAACAUCUUAGUUCGCACGCACAAGUACUUGUUGCAAUACAAAUGCGCAUCUAUCGCUGCGAAAGCACGUGCGACGCAGAGGAACGCCUGUCAUGGGUUGUUUCCUCUGUUGUAGUUAUUUCUUCGAAAUUGCAGACGCGGCCGCGCUUUUUAGCUUCAGGAAAGAGCAGUACCCCUACCGAAGAUGCACUACUCCAAUAUUAAGAAUAAAGCACGCGAACAAAUAAACAAGUAAAUACAAAUAUCCUCUCGCAAAUGAAAAUUAAGACGACACUGUAAGUAUCAAACUCAAUCCCCUUCGAAUGGCUCUACUUGCCACCGUCACAAGUGUGCUCGGCCUCAGG